GUCGUCUAAAAACAUCUGAAAGGGAGGCAAAUUGUGUAAAGUUGAGCGAUGCGUGGCUAUUUUUAAUUCGAGGGGCAGGACCCGGAGUAUUUUGAAGCUCGAUUCAGAGACGAGGCGAGACUGAGAGGCGCGCACGGCGGUCGCCGAGGGUAUCAACACUCUGUCGCGUGCAGAAUAACCUGGAGCUGCGGACCGGACAGCCGGGUUCAGCGUUCUGCAGCGCGGCCGAACGUCUCAGGCGUUAAUUAUUUUUAAUAAGCGUUAAUUGGCCUCGUUGACUCGAGCAACCUCGAUGUAUUCUUGUUAGAAACGAAUUACAAGUCAUCCGUAUCUCUGUCUCCCUCUCCUCCGACAUGGCAAGUAGUUUAGGAAAAAAUUUAUCUAGGCUCUUCUUGGCGUCCAACUGGUCAUCACCCUCGUUAUGGUCAGCGUGAUACAAAAACUUGGACCUCAUUACUCGUUUGCUCGAUGGAUCCUCUGUUCCACUGGUCUGAUACGAUACCUCUAUCCUACCGAUCAGGAGCUCAGGAUGCUUGCCGGGGUGCCGAAGGAAAAACCAAAAAAGGGUAAACAUGCUGAGAAUGGAAAGACGCCUGACGUGUUUCACGUUCCUAGGAACUUGGAAAUCAGUCUUGAAAGUGCCAAGGUUUCAUCUCUAGAUGUUAUACACCUGAAAUUUUAUACCGAAUUUCAGUGGCUACUAGACUUUUCGCUGUAUGCGAGUUUGGUUUAUAUUCUGACCGAGGUUUAUACCUACUACUAUCCAAUGAAAGAGGAGUUCAAUCUUAGCAUGUUGUGGUGCACUUUGGUCAUCGGAUUUUCACUUAAAACUCUGCUCUCCCUUUGGGUGCAGUAUUUUAAAGGUGAAGAAAGCGUCGGAGAGAGGUCCACUUGUAUAGUUACAGGAUUCGCCUACCUACUUAUUGCCAUGAUGGUUCUGAUCAUCGAUGAAAAUACUCUUGAAAUUGACCUGGAAAAAGCCUAUGUUAGCUUCAAUCAAAGUGCGUCCGCUUUCUUGGAUAACCAAGGUCUCUCGUCGACAGGUCCAGCCUCCAAGAUCGUUCUAAAAUUCUUCUUAGCCCUUUGGUGCGGACUCCUCGGAUCGUUGUUCACUUUCCCAGGGCUAAGAAUGUCCAGAAUGCACUGGGACUCACUUAAGUAUUGCAAAGAGAGAAGAUUACUGCAGCUGCUUUUAAACAUCAGUUUCGCUUCUCCCUUCAUUUUGGUAAUACUGUGGAUCAAACCUGUGAGCAGAGAUUACUUGACCGUUCGAAUAUUCGCUGGUAUGAAUGGCCCAUUAAUGAGCGUCCAAGCAUUUGAGAGCAUGAGACUGGUGGCUGUGGUGAUUGCGGUAAUUUUGAGAUUAUGUUUGAUGCCGAUGUAUCUGCAAUCGUAUUUGAAUCUCGCAAGCCAGAGACUGGAGGACCAGAAGAAAGAAGCCGGCCGAAUAACGAACACCGAUCUUCAGAAGAAAAUCGCUGCAGUAUUUUACUACAUGUGUGUCGUAGCUCUGCAGUAUGUCGCUCCGAUCAUCAUGUGCCUAUUUUUUGCUCUCAUGUAUAAAACUCUUGGCGGAUUUACAUGGGAAGGACUUCUCAGAGACGUACCGAUCGAAGAGUGUCCCGCUGAUCAAGCGCCGAAAAUUGUGUCCCCAAUUUUCGACGAUAAUGACGAAAAGACUGUCGUUCAAACAGCACAGGAGUUUCAUCUCGCUCUCGAUUCACUAAAACAGGUUUUCACAACUGACGUAUUCAGAGGAUUACUUGGAUUUGGGACCUGGUGGUGUUGCUUCACGUGGUUCGCAAGUACAUCUAUGGGCAUGGUGUAUCAGUCCUACUUUGGAAGCACUUGAAGAAAAAUUUCUGGCAGGCCUAGAUAUAUUAGCGCUCAAAGACCGAUCGACAAAAGACGAAGUGAAAUUAAAUAUCACUUGACAAUUUCAACUACUCGUUUUCAUUCAUCAUAAUUUAUAUACCACUGUUCACCGUCCGGUGAAAAUCAUUGUACAAAAGUCGAGACACAUUACUAUAAGUGACCUAUGUAUAAAUAUACGAUGUAUAAUAAACAACGAACAUAAUAUUUAUA